AUGGAGCACGUUACAAACAUUCAGAAAGUGUGCGAAAGACUACUAGAAUGCGGAUUAAGAGUGAAAAAAGAAAAGUAUAAACUUUUACAAGAUAAGAUUGAAGUGUUAGAUUUUGUUAUAGACAAAGAUGGCUUACACAAGUCAAAGUCUAAAAUCGAAGCCAUGAUAAAUGCGCCGCAGCCAAAAAAUAAAAAAGAGCAAGUUUUAAGUAUUUUAUUAUUUUUCUAUUUCCAGAGUUUAACAUCUGUAAAAGAUUUGGGUAGAAAAAAAAUUGAUGUCCUACAAUCACUCCAAAGGCUUGAAGCAUUAGAACUUGGGGAAUGCUCAGAUUUUUCUGAUCAGUUUGGAACUAUCGUAUUAACAAAGUUAAAGAAACUAGAAAAGUUGCGACUUGAAAAAGGUCAAGGAACUUGCUGUACAUUUGAUAUUCUUGAAGGUAUUUCUAAGAUGCAAAAUCUCACUCAAUUGGAACUAGUGAAUUUUGAUGUCAAAAAUGGGUUUGAUAAAUACUUAGCCGCUUGUAAGAAUCUUAAGAGACUUCUUAUAAUACCUACGUAUGUAUCUCAAUCAGCAACGUCUAAUAACAUGAUUCUUGGAGGUGUAACGCAAUUGUCGAAUAACUUAACACAUUUUGUUUGGGGCGUUACGCAAGAACUAUUGAAAGUAACAUUACUAUUCGUAGAUCAAUGUAACCAAAUGAGCAAACAAAUCACAGGAGACUCAAUACCAGUACUAAAGCCUGUCCCUUGUUUAGAAUUGAUAGAGGAUUUGGUAGGAGAAAGAAAUUGCUCCAAAGGUUAUGAAGAAAAAUCCAGUUCAAGCAAUCCACAAGUAGAAAUUCUACCAUUACCUCAUUUACAGAAGCUUCUCUUAACUGCUUUGCCGAAGACUCGUGUUAAAAUUUUAAAAAUUCCAUUUUACGCUACAUGGAGGCAAAGUAUUUCGGAUAGCACUUCUCAAUAAUAUAAAAAAAACAUACGCCGCAAAAAAAUUAGGAUUUCUAUUUUUUAUCACUUCAGUUUUUUUAGCAUAAAAUUAUUUUAUCAUAAGAUGUUUUUCCACAGUAUACAAUUUGUUCUU